AUGCCGGCACCAGGACCAUACUCAGCAGUUUCGUCACUUUUAAGCGUGCUUUGCGGUCGCGUGUCGUACACAUUCGGUCUUCGAGGGCCGUCCGUAUGCGUGGAUACGGCGUGUUCGUCAUCGCUCGUCGCUGCACACACUGCGAGCGCGUACUUGCGUGGCCGAGAGUGCGAUGAUGCCCUCGUCGCUGGCGUGAGCGUGAAUGUGGGUGUGGGGACUCUCCUGCUGGCCGCGGCGGCCAGCAUGCUCUCGUACGACGGUCGAUGCAAGACUCUAGAUGCGAGUGCAGACGGAUACGCCAAGGGUGAGUGUUGCGUAGUCCUUCGCGUGACAUCGAAUACGUCUCUUGACGUGGACGCUCUCGCGCGCGAUGCGAACGAUCCAUCUCCCACCCAUAUCGCCCUGGCGCAACUCGAGCACACGGGCGUGAACCAAGACGGCCGAUCGAGCUCGCUCACCGCUCCAAACGGGCCGUCACAGCAAGCACUCAUGGCCGACGUGCUUGUUCGCGCUGGUCUGCACGCGCGCACGAUCGGCCGGCUGGAAAUGCACGGCACUGGUACGUCGCUCGGCGACCCCAUUGAGGUCGGCGCCGCUCUUGAGGUUCUGGCGUCGCCGUCGAUGGAGUCCCAGCCCUCGAGCGCUCGAGCGCUCACGUUUGAAGGCGCUAAGCCUCGCGUUGGUCACUGCGAACCAGGAGCAGGCGUCGUUGGGCUGCUGUUCGCGACAGCACAUGUAACGACGCGCGCCACAGCGCGCUGGUCCAUUUGCGCCAGCUCAAUCCUCACGUGGAGGCCGCCGCUCGCCGCCACGCGCAGUCCC